AUCGCAAGACGAUAACAAAGCAAACCGGGAAAUAUGUCAAGGCAAGAGGAAGUAGAACCCGGACAGGGGAGCCUCGUGUGGGCGGAAUUCCUCCCUGAGGAGGGAGUCCUCCUCUUGAGGGUCCUGACGCCGGAAGAAGUGUUCCGGUUAAUCUACGGAUCCAUCGGCCAGACGAUGGAGAUUAAACUGUCUACGUUGAGAGAUGAGCUCAGUCCAGAGAUCGUCGACAACGCGAUACAAGGCAUCGUCCAGGGACUCACCGGAGAAAGCGAAAGCAGUAGCCGGAGUCCCCUCACGCCCCAGAAAGGCAAACUCUGCAGGAGCGCUAUGUGGGAAAAGAUCAAACAGCUUUACCACAAACUGAACCUGUUCGAGCCCUCUAUGGGCGGAGCUUGCGGGAUGAAAUUACCGACCCCGAAGCUUAAACGACCCAAAAGAAAGGGGCGUCAGAAAAAAGCCUCAGAAAAAAAGACAUCAGAACCUGAUCUGGAAGAAGAAGAGGAGGAGGAGCAAGUUACAGGAUGCUUCUUAAGGUUCGUUUCUUAUCUCGAGCCAGAUGUCACCUCGGAAGAGAAAGGCCAAGAUAUUGUACGUGGCUCCUAGUCGUCUACAAGUGGAUGCAUCAGAAUCGGAGCAGGGAACCUGGCCACUGUAUUUUCUACGUCACAAACACAAUCAUUUUCAAAGAGCAUUUUUUGACUAUCCUGAUUCACAGUUAUUUAAAUAAAAACACCCGGAAAUUCA